AUGUCUCUCCCGAACGUGGAACCGCUUCCGAGCGAACUCCUCAGGGAUGGUAUCGUCGAAGUGCGCGGAGAUAACGGGGCCUUCUAUAAGGCAUUCAUUGUGGACGUCGACGACAACACCGCCGCUGAAGUGAACAACUGUUUGGACACCGAAGUGAACAGUUCUGCCACCACUUCGGCCACCAAUUCGUGCGACACCUCGAAGAUAACCCUCGCCUUUGAAAACGAUUGGUUACCGCAACAGAAGUUCCCCAUCAAUAGGAUCCGUUUGCCGCCGCCCUCUCAGUCCUCUCACUCUGCGUCGGCUAACAGUCCCACCAACGGAUCCAAUACUCCAGACUCGGUGGUCGGUACUGCCAACAACUCGACCGCAUCGGUCAUGUCGGAGAGACCGGCCAUUAUAACGGAGGGCAUGGAGAUAGAGGUGCUCUCGUGUACUAAUGAUGGCGAACAGUGCGGGUGGUGGAGGGCGCAGGUGAAGAUGAUUAAGGGUAUGUCACCAUCAAUGACACCAUCCAUGACCCCAUUGCCGCGUCACUCAUCACAUCCAUUGCCCAUUUCAGGUGACUUCCAUGUGGUUGAGUACCAAAACGUGACCACAGCUGACGGCCAAUCAGUGCAGAGCACACCCAACCAUCAGACCUACAGUGAGAUAGUGGCCAGUGAUAGGAUUCGGCCUAAAAAUCCUCACCCAUUACUCACUACUAAUCCGUUUUAUAAGUUUGAAAUCAAAAUCCCUGACGACAUCCGAAGUAUGAACACGAGUUGGCUUAAGAAGAGUGAGGCGCACAAGCAGUUCAAGCAAUUCAUCGGCGCUAUUGUCGUCCGCUUUGAUGAGCCCAACGGUGUCCUCAUUUGCGUCGGAUAUGCGGCCCACGAGAAGACAUACUUAGCCUCAAUCACCCAAAAGAGGGCCCAAAUGUUGAGUGAAAUGCACUUCAGAAACAUUAAGCAAAAGCUGGUUCUCCUGUCGCGUACUGAAGAGGCGGCCAAACAGUUGGAGUCAACGCGCGGUCCAUUCGGAUCGGGUUUCACGGGAACACAUUAUGGCGGCUCUUCCGGUCAGAACUAUGUGGUCGAAGUGGUUGUGGCCGAACACCUCAUGGGCUUAGCUAUCGGCGCCCACGGCGUCAACAUUCAAAACGCCCGCAAAUUGGACGGCAUUUCUGCCAUCGAUAUCGAAGAGAAUUCGUGUAUCUUUCGGAUCAAAGGCCAGUCACUGGAGGCGUGCCAUAAGGCGAGGGCUAUGUUGGAGUUCGCAGAGAAGGGCAUUGAAGUGCCGCGAACUCUGGUCGGCAAAGCCAUCGGUAAAAACGGGCGAAUCAUUCAGGAGAUCGUCGACAAGUCAGGUGUGGUUCGCGUGAAGAUCGAGGGCGACAACGAGAAUGAGGCGCCGCGAGAACACGUGCCCUUCGUGUUCGUCGGCACCUCCGAGUCCAUACAAAACGCCCAAAUCCUUCUCGACUAUCACUUAAACCAUUUGCAAGAAGUGGAGAAAUUGAGACAAGAGAAGCUCGAAAUCGUCCACCAGUUGAGGACUAUCCAACACCCGCCCUCUCACGGCUCCCACCCCUCGCCCUCCACUUCAAUGAUUAUUCAGACACAACAACAACUGUUCGGAAGCACCAAAAACAUCACAAACAGUUCGGUUCAGAUUCACGACGAGUCCGACCAUAAGUACGGCUCCGACAGAGUCCGGAGUGGAUCUCAACGCGGAAUCACAAGAACUGAUAACACGACAGGAGUUAACUCUCGGACUAUAUCGGGACAGAGAGGCGGCGGUCGGGGCGCCAGUAUAUCUGGUUCAGCGCCGAUGCGUCGAUUCAAUACGAACGCAAUGGACAGACCCAUGGAUCGGGACAGGAGUGGACGGCCAUCGCAUGCACGCAAUCCUCCGUUUGGUGGUAAUAAGGGCCGUAACUUCAAAGAAGGAACGCCUGUCGACGACUCCAUUCACAGGUCUUCGCAUCGCACCGAUAGUCAACAAAACUCACAAAAAGGCGAUUCUUAUGGCAAACCACAGAGAAGUCAACGCAACGAUAGGAACGAACGGAUGGAUCGGCCGGAGAGGUCGGACCGGUUGGACAAAAGCGAUAGGAAUGAGAGAAACGAGAGGAACGACAGGAAUGAGAGGAGCGGUGAACGCAAUGACAAGUAUUCUUCGGCCAUCCGUUCGGCGAAUCCACAGAAACCACAAACCAAUGAACAAAACAGCUCUUCGACAGCGAAACAGUCGUCGCACUCGGAGUCGAAGCCAUCGUUGAGUUCAGGCCAACAACUGGUGAACGGAAACGCAUAA